UGUGCAGAUUCAAUAGGUACAUUGCAUUAUUCAGGUGUUGGAGGACAAAUCGAUUUUAUGCGUGGUGCUGCAUUAAGUGAACAAGGAAAACCAAUUCUUGUUUUACCAUCACAAACAUCAAAAGGAAUUUCACGUAUUGUUAAUACAUUAAAAGAAGGUGCGGGUGUGACGACAACUCGAGCCCAUAUUCAUUAUGUAGUAACUGAAUAUGGUGUAGCAAAUUUAUUUGGUAAAAAUUAUCAACAACGAGCCAAAGCAUUGAUUGGUAUAGCUCAUCCUGAUCAUCGUGAAGCAUUAGAACGUGCUGCUUAUAAACGUUUUAAAACUCUUUAUUAA